AGACGGUUCCGGAUUCUAAUUCCCCCAACUCCAACCUCUCUAUUUAUUAAGGACGUCCGAGCUCAAACUUAAACCUAAUCCAAACUCUAAUCGUCAUCAUCAUGGGACAGUGGACGGCGACGAAACCUAGCCGGAGCGACGAAGUUUUAGACGCAGUCGAACAAAACAGAAUCGCCAAUCUCGUAAGAGCUCAGUUCGAUUCAAUAGCCCCAAAGCGACCCACAAAACCCAAUCGAAGCGAGUCCGAUUCGCCACCACCACCACCAACCCCUCCUCCCUCCCAAAACAUCCCACUUCCCGAAUUCCAAAAGUUUCAAUCUCUUCAAUCUCAAGCCAUAUUUUCAGGUUCGUUCACUUCCCAGGACGAGUUUGUGGAGACCCAAUACUACAAACAAUUGGAUUCAGUUGACAAACAACACCACAAGACUGGAAGUGGGUUUAUAAACGUGGGUAGAGAAGGAGGUGUGCAUGGGUAUGAUCUGAAGUUGCAGAAUGGCCAUGAUAAUGGAGGACGCAUCGAAGACGUGAUGAUGUUCAAAACCAAUCCUGCAACCAAUGAUUGGAUUCCCAGCAUUGAAGACCAUCAGGCGAUCUAUGUGUCCUCUGCAAAGCCGAAUCGGAGCGAGAGUGGUUAGAUCGGAAUUGAAUGAAACU